AUGUUCAAGAGGGGCUGUGGACUGGAGUUCCUGCUGGUUCUCUGUGGGCUCGAGUUGUCCUGGUCCUGCCCCCAUCAUUGCAUCUGCUACACUGCUCCCAGCACUGUCUCCUGCCAAGCCCACAACUUCUUGUCAGUUCCUGAUGGUAUUCCUCCUGACAGUGAACGCAUCUUCUUACAAAACAAUAAGAUCCAUCGAUUGUUACGUGGCCAUUUCAGUUCCAACACCGUCACUCUUUGGAUCUACUCCAACAACAUCACGUACAUUGAGCCAUCCACCUUCCAUGGCUUCACAUUCCUGGAGGAACUGGACCUGGGAGACAACCGGCACCUGCGCUCCUUGGCUGAAGACACUUUUCGUGGGCUGAGUCGACUCAACGCGCUCCACUUGUACCGCUGUGGUCUAAGUUCACUUCCAAACAAUAUCUUUCAAGGCCUGAGAAAUCUACAGUAUCUCUACUUGCAGGAUAAUCAUCUGAAAUACUUACAGGAUGACACAUUCAUGGACCUCCACAACCUUAGCCACUUGUUCCUGCAUGGAAACCGUUUGUGGAGUGUUAAUCAGAACACCUUCAGAGGUCUUCGAGCCUUGGACCGUUUGCUUCUGCACCAAAAUCAGAUUGAAUGGGUUGACCGUUUGGCCUUUCACGACCUGAAGCGUCUCACCACCCUUUACUUGUUCAACAACUCUCUGAUAGAGCUAUCUGGGCAUUGUCUGGACAUGUUGCCUGCUUUGGAAUAUCUACGUCUUAACGAUAACCCCUGGUCAUGUGACUGUAAGGCCCUGUCCUUAUGGGAAUGGCUGAAGCGUUUCCGUGGCUCCACAUCCUCCGUUGGUUGCCAGGCACCAGUUCCUAUGGUUGGGAAAGACCUCAAAGAGCUGCACAAGGAUGACUUCCCGAACUGUUCACUCACCGUUUCCAACUCUGAGUCCAGAGCUCAGACUAACAAUUUAUCCGGCACCGUGAAUCCGUCAAUGAAUCGUGGAGUAGCAGUGGGCUCUGGGGGGCAGACGCACAUAGCGCAUCCCUCGAGGCCCGGGCGUCCUCGGAACUGCACAAAGCCUCGUAACAAGGAAAAGGGAGACAACGAGGUUCACCACUCGAAAGAGGUCAUGGCAGAUAAAGAGGAUUCUUCCCCAGACUUCACAGAGGGAGGGAAACAUGACCAUACAUCCCCAGACGGCAACGUCACGAGGAGGAAGCAAAAGUGCGUCCCCCGGACCACUGUUCGCCCCCCUAGUGGGGUUCAGCAAGCCAACAACAAGGCUCCCUUAUCCAAGUACUUAUUACACGCCCAAGCUGUUUUCAUGGCCUUGAUAGCAACACAUACAGACUACAUUCUCCGUUGACCUUCAGAGGGGUUGAACAAAUGCUAACCACAAAAAAGCAGAGCCCUCAGACCUUCUCUUGCUCCCACCCUGAGAGGCCUGUGUCUUAUGUGUGUGCGUGUGUGACUAUGAUUUUCUGUACAAAUGUUGUCGUAGGGAGCUUUACUGUUCAAGCUGUAACGGUUAUCAAAGCAUUAGAUAACUGCAAGGGAAAGAUUCAGAGCCCAAAAAUCAGAAGAACUGAGAACGAUAAAAGAUGAAUACAAACAAAGCUUGCACUGCCAGUUUCAGUAUUAUUUCAGCGCCAUACAUCCUGGUAUGCUAUGUAUUUAGUUAUUUUUGUUUAUCAAUCAGCUGGACCUUAGAUGACCAAAGUUUUGGCAAUGAAAAAUAGGGGGGGAAAGGCAGUUAGGUCAAAUUCAUAAGAUAGAUUACUAUAGUCUUGAUGGUGUCUGUUGAGCUUUAAUUCUUAGCUCAGCCUUUAUAGGUGGUAUGUUAGAGAGGAAUAAAUGGGAAGUCAGUGAACCUGAAAGCCUCCGGUUUGAGUUUUGCUGUUGUCCUUUCUACCAAAUGAAUUUUUCUGUUGCAGCUUUGUUCAGAACAAUGGGUUCCAUAUCUCAUUAGCAGAGAAGUAAAGUGUGGACAUGCUAGCAGAUCAUCAGCUAUUAUCAAACAAGAGAUUUGCCAUCAGGAGAAAAAUCUGUUGCCACAGAUUGUUUGCAGCCAUAAUGAUAACAACCUUUAAAACUUGUGAGAAAUCCUGAAAACCUACUACCUAACGUUUUGUUACAUCGGCCUUUCAUUCAUUUCUCCCCUUAACUCUCUCUGACAUGUUUAUCACAUUUUUCUCUUUUUGUGCAACUGAAGAUUAAGCUGCUAACCGUCCAAGAUGAGGAGGCCGUUUGCUAUUUUCAUCUGCUUGAAAACCGAUAUAUGUCUCUGGGAGAUCAAGCUGUGAAUAUUGAGGAGUCCAUCUAUACCUUGUAGUUCAUUUAAUUUUCCUAAGACACAAAAUGGACCUAGAGAAGAAUCCCUACUGCAGGGCUGCUGGGAGCCUUAGAGAUGAGGGUUCGAACAUGGGUUUCUCAGUAUUCGGGUGAGGUUGAAUUGGACUGCUCCUCCUUCAGAAUGGACAACCCUAUACUGAGAAUGUGAGGAACGCCUUUUUUUUUCUUCAUCAGUUACCUUUAAAGGGAUACAAAAACAUGACUUUAUGAAAAAAAAUGGUGUGUGUACCUUAAACGACUCUCACAAUCAAGAAGUGAAAGAACAUUUUGAAUGGAGUCGAACUGAGAUCUGCAGAAUUAUCCCUCUCCAUUAACUGAUGUGAUUGUCCAUGGAUGUGAGGACCUAUGACCGAGACAAUCGCUUCUGAAGAAACGAGGGGGAAACAGUCGAAUUCAGACUCUGAAAGGACACCUUGCUGUAUUUGUGGAGCUUUUCUGCCUCCUUCAAAUGUACUAAUUUGGUGGUGUUUGUAUCAAUAAUGUGAACUGUUCCAGUAACCAUGGAGACAGUAGGACAUUUUACAGUUCUGAUAUUAAUCAUUUACUGUAUAACAAUAAAAAAAAAAUCAAUAUCAGCGACAUCAACGAUGAUAACAGGGUUUCCUGCUCCUCCUGUAAGGAGUUUUUUAGUUUUUGAUUUUCUGGUGAUUUGUUCAUUUUUCAUCUCAUAGUUUUCAAAGCCUCCAAUUGUUAAUGCACAGAUCCUCACCCAACUCUUUCUUCUUCUAUUGUUUUCCUAGUCAUCUUUUUAUUUAUUUAUCCAUAAUUAGGUUGUUCAGUGAGUUAUCAUCAAAGAGCAACAGUACAAAAAUGUUUAUAAAGACAUUAAAAUCUAUAUCUUCUUAUGUCUACAACUGCAAUCAACAUGUUUAUUGCCACAU